UACAAAGUGUGCCUACCCUGAUACAACGACACGAUCGAAGAAGAGAUGGAAACGAUGCUGCUGUUGCUGCUGCUAACACUAACAACUGUCCCACGAUAAUACUCGCCACUUAACGCUGUCAUGUGUAACAUUGGUUAAACAGAUCGCAGGCAGUGUGAGUGCGACGUCACCAGCUCCCCUGUCAGACCUCAACAAGGUAGGAGACGAGAAGCUGAAGGGAGGGAGAAUGUGUGGGGCAGUAGGUGUUAGCCACCUUCAGCUAAAACCAUCAGAGGUGACAUUGGUGCCAUGGCAACUGCACAGUCUGCGGUAACGUUUGCAGUGUGCAUCCUCCUGAUAACAGAGCUGAUACUGGCCAAGAAGGACUACUAUGAUAUACUGGGCCUGCCAAAAGAUGCCACUGAGCGACAGAUAAAAAAGGCUUUCCACAGGCUUGCAAUGAAAUAUCACCCCGAUAAGAACAGGCAUCAGGAUGCCGAAGUGAGAUUUAGGGAAAUUGCUGAAGCUUAUGAAACUUUAUCGGAUGAAACCAGAAGAAGAGAAUACAACCAGUUUGGUGACGCCUCUGUAUACUUCACCGGGGAGACUCAAGGACACAGACGGAGGGCCCAGCAACCUUUCAGCUUCAGCUUUGAUGACCUAUUCAAAGACUUUGACAUAUACAGCCAGAACAGACAUGACCGUCACCGAAGGCACUCUGAUGAACCCUCCAGGACCCACAAGGAGUCCCACAGCAGACACAAGAGACACUCUCAGGGAGGUUUUGGAACAGGCAUCUUCGAUGACAUGUUUGAAGACAUCGAGCGAAUGUUUACUUUUGACAGACACCCCAAACAAUCUGAGAACAGGUUUCACAGUGCAUCAAAACAGCACUGCAAAACAGUGACAGAGCGCAGAGGGAAUAUGGUCACCACGUACACAGACUGCACUGCACCUUAAGAUGCAAUGUCUAGCGAUAUAAGAUUACAAAUUGCCUUCAGGGAUUACAAUACUGUUGUAUUGAUCCGUUAACUGAAAGCCACUUGGUUCAGAUGUUGUGAAAUCUGAACUGUGACAUUCAGGCACAGAAUGACAAGCACUGACUACACCGUUUACUAAGCUUAGGUCUAGAUUAAAAUAAUCUUUGUUUUAUUUUAGGCUAUUUUCACACAUUCCCUGUGUGCGCUCAUGGACUUGGAAAUGAUUGUAGUUGUUUUUCACUUGUUGAAGUAAAUUGAACGAGAGUAUUUUUUCUGUAUAUUUUUCGAGCACCUUCUUUUGGGAGUUGAAUUUGAAAACAACAUCAUUGAUUUGACUGUUUUGUUGAAUAUAGAACACUCCUGACACACAAACACACAUGUUGUUUUCACAAAUAGUUCAAACUUCCACGCUGCUUUUGUACAGUUUUUAGUUUCUUUUGUAUAGGUUUUCCUAUUGUAAGUCUCCAGUCACAGCUGACAGCAGAGACAAUAGCAUCCAGGGGAGUUUUGCUUAUGGUGGUCAAACGGGGAGCAAUGUCAACAAAUACCUGGGACCCUGCACAAGUUAAGGCGUUCAAUGUUUAUGUUUGGGUUUGUACUACAUACUGUUGGAAUAUGUGCACUCCAGAGUGCCAGUGUUUUAAACAACAUAUAUUUCAUUGUUUUUGUGUUUCAAUCUAGGGCAGUAAUUAUAAAAGAAUUGCAAAUAUCCCUUAAUUAUAAAAUAUAAUGAGGGAAGAGUUAUACAGGAAUAUAAAAUGUUUGAAUUUACUGGAAAUGGCCUACAUUCAAUUCAACCAGUGUGAAAGUGUAUAAUGUUGCAUUUUGCUAUUUUGUUUUGCAGAUGUUUCCAUUUAACUUGAAUGCAAUUUCUGAGGCCAUUGUGUUGGAUCCGAUUAUACUGGCAAAAUAUUGGCUACACUUUACGAUGUAACAGUACAAUGUAAGAAGUAGAGAAACACAAAGACUGCAGCCUCAAAAAUAAUCAGUAAUCUGAGCAACUGAGCAAGUCCAUGCAAACAUUGCAUGGUUAUUACUAUCAGACUGCAUUUAACAUGUUUUACUUGCUGGUAUUUUGCUCAACUCCAUGUGUUGUCGUUAUUUUCCUUCAACAUAAGGCAUUUUUGUUGUUUGAUAGAAGUGUAGAUUUGUCACAUAAUGUGGCUUCUGCUGAACUCUGUUGUCUUAUGAUUUCCAUACAACUUGACAGGCCUUUUCACUGCCACAGAUCACCUUUAUAAGACACACAUUUGUUACAUUAUUUUGUGCACUCCAGAAUGUCAUAUCAAGGCCGACUUAAGUACAAUAAAGUCACAGGUUUAAUAUCUACAUUAAAGUAAAUGUUAAUGUUUUUUAAUGGAUUAAUUGUUUCUUGGGAUACAUGGAAUUGAACCACAAUUCCUGAAAUAUAGGUAUUGGACCAGUUAAACUGUAAGCCACAGUAUGUACUUGGGGGCUCCGAGACUACUUAUUCUACUCAUCAGAUUUUGUAUAUUUUUUAAAGAAAAUUGUGAGACAACCAUUCUUUACAGUACAGCUUGCCAUUUUAAUUGCAAUUGGUAUUUUGCUGUGUAAGAGAUCAAACAUCGAAAGCUGCAGUGCAAAGCUGAAGAAAUAUUCAUAUACAGUAUGUGGGCAAACAUUGAUCCUCUGCCCAUGGCUGGGAAAUGAAACACACAUACACAUUUCCUAACAAUUGUGUUACCUCAUUCCUAGAACUUGCGCCUUUGACAUUGUGCUUUGCAAUAUUUAUUUCCUAUGUUGAUAUUGUUGUAAAAUAUCCAAUAGCACUUUAAGUUUUUCAGCUGUUUAUUUUUUUUUUAAGAAUGCCUAGAAAUAAAAUGUAGAAAACAAA